AUGAAUCUGGUAGAAGAAGUGUGGUCCUCCAAUAUUAGGGGGAAUGCCUUGUGGAAACUUCAACAAAAGCUUAAAAAACUCAGUAAAAGGCUUACUCAAUGGUCAAAAGAAGAGAUUGGAAAUGUUCAUGAACAGGUGAAACUCUGGGAAUCCAAGAUGAAUGACCUUGAAGAGCUCGAUCUGCAAUACAAUUUUAAUUCAUCCAGGGAAGAGCUUAACAAAGGGCAAGCAGAAUACAUCAAAUGGAUGACCAUGCAAGAUUCUAUCCUUAAGCAGAAAGCAAACAUCAAAUGGUUCGAAGAGGGUGACAGUAAUAAUAAAUAUUUUCAUAGUCUGAUCAGGGAAAAAAGAAGAAGGUUACAGCUUCACAAGAUAAAAUAUCACAGAGACAGAUGGGUGGAAGGAGAUGAUGACAUUGCAAAGGCUACUAUUAGACACUUUCACAAGAGAUUCAACAUUACGCACCAGUUUAAGGACAUCCUUGAUUGCAUUCCUAGGAUUAUCACUGAUGAUGAUAACACUUUACUGACUGCUAUGCCUAAUAUGGAGGAAAUUAGAUAUGCUGUUUUUGAUAUGGGUGCUAAUAGUGCAGCUAGUCCUGAUGGCUUUAACGACACUUUUUUUCAGAAAUGCUGGGAUAUAAUUAAAGAUGAUAUCACUAACUUUGUACAAGAAAUCUUCAAUGGAAAAAGGCUGACCAAGUUCUUCUCACAAACAUGCUUGGUGCUAAUUCCUAAAGUAAAGUCACCCAACAGUUUCUCUGAGCUAAGACCCAUCAGUCUAAGCAACUUCACUGCCAAAAUCAUUUUCAAAAUCCUUGCUAGAAGGCUAAAUCCUAUACUCCAUAAAAUCAUUUCAGAAAAUCAAAAUAGGUUUGUCAAAGGGAGAUCCAUCACUGAAAACAUACUGCUCGCGCAAGAAAUCACCCAGAACAUCAAGAACAAAAACUGCGGGGGUAAUGUUAUUAUCAAAUUAGACAUGGAGAAAGCAUACGAUAGAAUGUCAUAG